GCGCGGCCAUGGCGGGAGGCGAGGGCGCUGAGGCGCGGGGCCCGUCGGUGGCCUUCCUGCACCCGGACCUGGGCCUCGGCGGCGCGGAGCGGCUGGUGGUGGACGCGGCCGUGGCGCUGCUGUCGCGGGGCUGCCGCGUGCAGGUGUGGACGCCCCGCUACGACCCGGCGCGCUGCUUCUCGGAGACGCGAGGGCUGGACGUGCGCACGGCGGGCGGGUGGCUGCCCAGGAGCGUCCUGGGAAGGGGCCACGCGCUCUGCGCCGCCCUCCGCAUGGCCUGCCUGGCGCUCAGCCUCCUGCUGCUCAGCGGGGAGGAGAUCGACGUCUUCGUCUGCGACCAGGUAUCUGCAUGCAUUCCAUUUCUCCGUCUUGCCCGCACCCGUAAGAAGAUUUUGUUUUACUGUCACUUCCCUGAUCAGCUUCUGACCAAGAGGGAAUCAUUUCUUAAACGUAUCUACAGAGCUCCACUGGACUGGUUGGAAGAGUAUACUACUGGCAUGGCAGACUGUAUUCUUGUCAACAGCUUUUUCACAGCCAGUGUUUUCAAAGAAACCUUCAAAUCCUUAUCUCACAUAAAUCCAGAUGUCUUGUACCCUUCUUUGAAUGUCAACGUGUUUGAUACUGUUAUUCCUGAAGAUGUAGCUAACAUAGUUCCCAACAGGAAGAAAUUCUUGUUUCUUUCCAUCAAUAGGUAUGAAAGGAAGAAAAAUCUAGUAUUGGCCUUAGAAGCUUUACACGACCUUCGGGGUAAACUUGAUGCUCAGGAUUGGAAGGAUGUUCACUUGGUUUUGGCUGGUGGUUAUGAUGAAGCAGUUCAAGAAAAUGUGGACUAUUAUGAAGAACUGAAAGCUGUUGCUACCAAGCUUCGCAUUAAUGAGCAGAUCACAUUCCUAAGAUCUUUCUCUGAUGCACAGAAGAUAGCUCUUCUUAGUAACUGCACGUGUGUGCUGUAUACACCAAGUAACGAACACUUUGGCAUAGUUCCUUUAGAAGCUAUGUAUAUGAGAUGCCCAGUCAUCGCAGUAAAUUCAGGGGGACCUUUGGAAUCAGUUGUAAACAAUGAGACAGGUUUCUUGUGUGAUCCUCUUCCAACCCAGUUUUCAGAAGCCAUGGAGAAAUUCGUGAAAGACCCUGCUUUAAAGAAGACAAUGGGAGCUGCUGGGAGAACUAGAGUUCUAGAAAAGUUUUCAUUGGAAGCAUUCACUGAAAAGCUGUAUCAAUACGUUCAUAGCUUAGCACAAUAAAAUCAAGCUCCAUAACCUGACAUUUGUUUUUU